AUGAGCACCCAUCUGCAGUCUGAGAAGCACCAACGGUAUCUGAGGUGGAUGGAAAUGCAACCUGAUGAAGCUCGAAUGAAGGCUAUUGAGGAUAUGCAGCUCACGAACUCGCCCUCUAAGGAGGACCUUUCGGCAGCUGUAGUGCCGACGGGUGAGGGUGGGAGUGGUGGUAACGCUCCCGUAAUUAAGCAGGAGGAUCUACCUAAAUUCAUUGAACUGAGGCCGGACUGUUUUUAUUGUACACUUUGUGAUGCCCGGCCCCAGGCGUGGUCAUCUCUAGAGGGUCACAUUGCUGGUCAGAGGCAUAGGAGUCGAUAUGAGAGGGCCGAGUGGGAGCAGUCGGGCCAGGCUGCUAGCUGGUAUGAACAGAUAGCGGCCUCCUCGGUAUCGACUACGGCUCCUGCCCUUCCCUGGACCUAUUCAAGCACCUCUUCGACCUCUGUAUCAUCGUCCUCGGUAUGGCAGCAUUCACAGCCUUGGCAGCAGCCACGAGUGGCAGCGGAACGACCGCUUUUCGCGCCAAAUGGCCGCCUUCUGCCUCCUGGAUUUCGCUACGCCCGGGCUCAAGCGAAGGCCAAGGCUGUUAAGGCCGCUGGACCGCCAAGCCGAGAGACGUUUAAAGCUGAUGGUGUGUUGGUGUGAUUACUCCCAUGGAGACUUGUGAUGUGUUGUCGAAUAUUAUUCCCUCAGAGUUGUUACUUGUUGUCGCCUUUUUUUCGCUGGAAGAGGUUGGGAGAUUCAUAAUUUGCCUUAAGCGUACGUUGCCUCUAGUAGCUCCCGUACCUGCGAUUUCUAAC